AUGGGAGGAGGACCGUCAGCAGAGAAAAAUGAGCGUGACGCCCGCUAUAAAGCAAUUCAAGAGGAAAAGGCUUCCCGCUUUGGCGGUCGGUCCAGACUCCCGGUCUGUAAAGCCUGCUUUGAAAGCCAUGUCCGCUGCCCUGGCCCAGAAAUUGAUGAAAAUGACAACUAUGACUACGACAAGAAGUGUUUGCGAUGCAUCAAUGACGACCUUGAGUGUGACUUCAAAAGCAAGAUGUCUUCGCUUGCUAGACGGACCCUGGACGCUAUGACAGAAGAAGAGCGAAGCAUAGCCAUGAGAACAAACAAAGAAAGGGGCAGAAUGCAUCCACGAGAGGCUACUAUGCACAACCAUCCACGGCGGCGGCGACUCAAUCACUCUGACCGUAUUUCCUCCAGGAUUCCCGCCUCUCAUCUUAGUGGAUCAGCCAUUCGAGCACGUGAGCUUCAGCCAUCUAGCAAUACAUCUAACCAGCCGUUCACGACUCAGCCAUUCGCCACUCAGCCAGUCGCUAUCCAGCCGCUCACUACCCAGCUGCCUACUACCCAGCCGUUCAUCACCCAGCCGUUCACCACCCAGCCGCCUACUAUCCAGCCGCCCACAAUCCAGCCAUUCACCACCCAGCCGUUCACCACCCAGCCGCCCAUCACCCAGCCAUUCACCCCCCAGCUAUCCAGCCUCAUCCUACCGGACGGCCGCCUUGUUGAAUAUACCGCCCAGCCAUCUCAAGUCAUCCUGCCUGACGGCCGCAUCAUUGAAUACACUAUCGUUCCAGCAGAGCACGUCGACAAUGCCACCCGUGAGCACGCCUAUGAAGCAACCUCCCAUGAUAUAGCACAAGCUAUACAGGAACAAGAAGACCGUAGAAUGGCGCAUCGCUUGCCUCCUCAGUCAAUGUACCCAGACCCCUCCGCCUAUGAGGAAGCUCCCACCACCCCACUGUGGUGA